CAAUCUCAGUAGAUUCAUGGCACAAUAUUCCAUGGUCAUAUAUAACAUUGGACCAAAAAGGGGUUCUGGGUUAAGCGUACAAGAUCACUGCGUCCACCAAAACAAAGGGCACAAUGGUAGUUUCGGAAGGGAAACGAGGUUUCUGAUCAAGAGCAGAGCCUAUUUAAAUGGAAGCAUUCGGGCAUUAAUAUGGCGUACCAAAUUAAUCAGUUUUCCGUUCUGCAGACAAAAACUUGAUAUAUAGCAGAGGCAAAAAAAUGUGGCCAGUACUCUUCUUUCUUGUUACAAUGGUGGUGAUCUCCCAAGGGUCAGCACUGGGUCUGAACGGCCACCAGAUUCACCUUCUCCAGCCAAAAUCUGGUUCUUGGGGUCUCCAUGUUCCGAAUGUUUCAUGCCUAAGUUGGCGACUUGGGGUGGAAACUCACAAUAUUAUUGGCUGGUCAACGGUUCCGAAAGAGUGCGAAGGCUAUGUGGGGCACUACAUGCUGGGCUAUCAGUACAGGAGUGACUCCAAAGUGGUUGCUAACCAGGCUUUACUCUACGCUCAGAGCCUCGACCUCGCCGGAGAUGGCAAAGAUGUUUGGAUCUUUGACGUAGACGAGACUACGCUCUCUAAUCUACCUUAUUAUGCGGAACAUGGAUUUGGGGCGGAGCCCUAUAAUUCCACGUUAUUCAACGCAUGGGUCCUCGAGGGCAAAGCAUUUGCAUUGCCGGAGUCUCUGAAUCUGUACGAGAAACUGUUAUCUCUGGGGAUUAAGGUUGUAUUCAUAACAGGAAGAGGAGAAAGUCAAAGAAAUGUCACGACAACCAAUCUAAAGAAUGUUGGAUACCACACUUGGGAGAAGCUUAUACUCAAGUCGUCGUCUUAUACAGGCGUGACAUCCUUGGUGUACAAAUCAAGUGAGAGGAAGAAGUUGGAGAAGAAGGGGUAUAGAAUCGUGGGGAACAUGGGUGACCAGUGGACUGAUAUCUUGGGGCAUCAUGCUGGCAAUCGGACUUUCAAGUUACCCGAUCCAAUGUACUACAUUAGUUGAUGCAUGGAUAUUUAUUAUUUACUUCGCCGUAUUUGCCAUUUGGGACUAAAAGUACAAGCUCAUCAGUGCAUGCAAUUAGAUUAUUAAAGAUUCAACAGAUCUCUAUUACCUUUA